ACAAACCUCAACUUGAAAGGUAACAUCAAAGCUGCACAAACACAAAGACAAAUUAAAACAGAGCUGCAUUUGCAGGGAAAAGAAAACCGGGAGGAGACGAGUCGAAAGCCCAAAUCAUGAUAUCUCAGUUCUUCGUGCUCUCUCAGCGAGGCGAUAACAUAGUUUUUCGCGAUUAUCGUGGUGAAGUAGCGAAAGGAAGUGCAGAGAUAUUCUUCCGUAAAGUUAAGUUUUGGAAAGAGGAUGGACAAGAGGAGGCACCCCCUGUCUUUAAUGUGGAUGGUGUGAACUACUUCCAUGUGAAGGUUGUUGGGCUGUUGUUUGUUGCAACCACAAGGGUUAAUGUGUCACCAUCUCUUGUCCUGGAACUUCUGCAAAGGAUUGCUCGUGUCAUUAAAGAUUAUUUAGGGGUUUUAAGUGAAGAUUCACUGCGGAAAAAUUUUGUACUUGUGUAUGAGUUGCUGGACGAAGUCAUUGACUUCGGUUAUGUGCAAACAACAUCUACUGAAGUUUUGAAGUCCUAUGUGUUUAAUGAGCCAAUAGUGGUUGAUGCUGCGCGUUUGCAACCUCUUGGCCCUGCUGCCAUCUUUAUGCAAGGAUCCAAAAGAAUGCCUGGGACAGCAGUUACGAAGUCUGUUGUAGCCAAUGAGCCUGGAGGUCGGAAGAGAGAGGAAAUUUUUGUGGAUAUAAUUGAGAAAAUCAGUGUCACAUUUAGCUCUAGCGGAUAUAUACUGACUUCCGAGAUUGAUGGCACUAUUCAAAUGAAAAGUUAUCUGACAGGAAAUCCAGAAAUCCGGUUAGCACUUAAUGAAGACCUGAGCAUAGGAAGAGGAGGGGGAUCAGUCUAUGAUUAUAGGAGUUCAUCCGGUGCAGGGCCAGUGAUACUCGAUGAUUGUAAUUUUCAUGAAUCAGUGCGUCUUGAUAGUUUCGAUAUGGACAGAACUCUGGCUCUGGUACCACCAGAUGGUGAAUUUCCUGUCAUGAACUACAGAAUGACGCAGGAAUUCAAGCCUCCUUUUCGUAUUAACUGUUUAAUUGAAGAAGCAGGACACCUUAAGGCAGAAGUAAUUCUUAAAGUACACGCCGAGUUCCCCUCGAACAUUACCGCAAACACAGUUGUUGUGCAGAUGCCACUUCCUAAAUAUACUACCAGAGCUAGUUUUGAGGUGGAACCUGGAGCUGUUGGGCAAAGAACAGAUUUCAAAGAAGCAAACAAGAAACUAGAAUGGGGUUUAAAGAAGAUUGUUGGUGGAUCGGAACAUACACUUCGUGCAAAGCUGACAUUUUCACAGGAAUCACAUGCAAACAUCACGAAGGAAGCUGGACCAGUUAGCAUGACUUUCACAAUACCGAUGUAUAACGCGUCAAGGCUUCAGGUGAAAUACUUGCAGAUAGCAAAGAAAUCUAGUUCCUAUAAUCCAUAUCGAUGGGUGAGAUAUGUUACUCAGGCCAAUUCAUAUGUUGCUCGAAUAUGAUAUGGUGGAAUCUCCAUUCUUUUGUAUGUUUCAUAUAUGUCGGCUCCUUGGUGUCACUUUAUUUUUCUGAACUAGAUUAUACUUUUUUGCUGAAUCACACCAUAUUUUCAAGUUGUAUCAUCUGGUGAAAUUUAUCUAAUUUGUAUAUUAGUGAUGUUGAAUAGAAAAUCUAGCACAAUUUUUUCCCCUGCUGGUUAUGAGAGAAUUCCAACUGGUAAAAUAUGUUAUUUAAGAAGCCUUUCUGAA